AUGGCAUGUCCAAUAGCUUAUGGUGGUACUGUCGGUGGUGCUGUUGGUGGAGUUUUUGGUGGUGUUGUCGGUGGGAACAUAGGUCUUGCGAAUGAUAACAAAGAAUAUGGACAGUUGAUGGGUGGUAUUGUUGGUGGUACAACGGGUGGAACUGCAGCUGCUAUUGUGGGGUAUUUGGUAAUGCCUAUUCCACUUGGAGCGAUUGUUGGUGGCUCUGCAGGAGCUGUUGCUGGAGCUGGCACUGGCUACACAGCUGCUGGCGUCGUCUAUGAUGGUUUGAAACGGAAAUAA